AUGCCUCAAGUUGAGAGACCCAUCCAGGAGCGAUCUGGAUGGGUACCGACCUAUGAUUUAGUUGAUCGCCGCGACACCAUCAAUCUAGAAACGGAUUCCAGUCCAUUCUGGAGUGUGUUUGCUCGAAACCAACACAAACCAAACCCCCCGCCCGAGGAAUUAAAGCCUCAUAUUCAACUGUAUUGGAACAUGCGUAUGACUGAUCAACAGAUUCUCGACCAACUCCAUGCACGCCACAUUGACCACUCCGAACAUGGACUCAAACUCACUGGGUUUCGAAAAAUCCGCAAGGAGUUGGGCUUCAUGGGUACCCGUCAGCAAGGGCACUCCCAUGAGUCGAUCAAGGAUGCAAUUAUAGAUCUGCGACGCUCCUACCCAAAUGCUGGCGGCCGGGAUAUGAAAGAUCUACUGUUUUUCGAGAAGGAUGGUAUGAAGGUUCCACGUCGUCUUAUCAUGGAUUUCUUUGCGGUUUAUGAGCCCAAUCUGGUCCGACGGCGACGUAAAAAUUGCCUACGCCGCAAGAAAUUCUGGGCAGCAGGACCCAACGACAUCUGGGCCGUUGAUCAGCACGACAAGUGGAAGAAAUUCGGCUUGGCUUUACACACCGGGAUCGACCCCUUUAUUGGAUACAAUCAUUGGACUCGCAUUUGGUGGAACAACAACAACCCUCGGUUGAUCUUGAGUUACUACCUCAGCGUUGUUGAGGAACUGGGAUUCAUGCCACUUGUUUCACAGAGCGAUCCUGGCACCGAGAACACGGGAUUAGCCAAUGGCCAUACCAUGCUGCGUCACCUCCAAGAUCCUGGUCUGCACGGAACGUUACAACACCGAUGGAUGCGCCAGAAGAAGAAUGUGAUGCCCGAGAUCUCUUGGAGUCAACUUCGUCGACGUUGGACUCCCGGGUACGAGAAUCUGCUGGAUGUGGGUGUUGAGAAUGGCUGGUAUGAUCCCAAGAUCCUGCUGGAAGCGCUAGUCUUCCGAUGGGUCUUUAUACCCUGGCUACAGAGCGAGCUUGACGCCUAUCGGCAUCGGAUCAACAACACCGCAAAACGUGUUGACCGCAACAAGAUUUUACCUCAUGGAAUCCCAGCGCACAUGCUGGCGCACCCAGAGGAAUAUGCCGCGCUAGAUUUCAAGGUUCGAGUCAGCAAAGAAAACAUCGAGACAGUCCGUAAUCUGUACGCACCGCAAGAUCAUCCCAUCUUUGAGCUUGUCCCUCGAGAAUUUGACGAGGUCGCAACUGAGCUUUACGUCGAGAUGGGACAGCCGUUAGUCACACGAGACAGCUGCUGGGACAUCUACCUUCAGUUGCUCAGUGGAUUCCGGAGACUGGAUCAGAUUCACGCCAUCGAUGAGGGAUUUGAUAGCAGAUGGAGAUAUGCAUUGGUAAUGGCUGAGCACGACUACAAGAACAACGAGAUGGAGCUACUGCCUGGGCUCCAGGAUUUACAUGCCGUAGACGGGUAUCUGGGAGGCGUCAACAAUGGGCAAGGGAUGGACCCCCACCACCAUCAAGCCCUUCGAGCGCUCCUGAACGACAUUGAGCCCCAAGUUGAUCCCGCGGAAGAGGACGAUGGCCCGGAAGAGUACUUCGCUUGGUUUUCGGAUGAGGAGGAGGUCGCUGGAGCUGAUGAGUGGUAG